AUGUGCCGCCUCAAAUAUACACGCCGUCAACUCUUGCUAUUUCCCACCUACGCCGGAGGCGGUGAAGGUCGCGUUAGUCGGUGUUGUGACGAGAGCUGUGCUGGGGGAGCUGUGUACGCCAGGCCUCAGUGCCUCAGUGCCUCAGGGCCUCCGUGCCUCAGGGCCUCCGUGCCUCAGUGCCUCCGUGCCUCAGGGCCUCCGUGCCUCAGGGCCUCCGUGCCUCAGGGCCUCAGUGCCUCAGGGCCUCCGUGCCUCAGGGCCUCCGUGCCUCAGUGCCUCAGUGCCUCAGGGCCUCCGUGCCUCAGGGCCUCCGUGCCUCAGUGCCUCAGGGCCUCCGUGCCUCAGUGCCUCAGGGCCUCCGUGCCUCAGUGCCUCAGGGCCUCCGUGCCUCAGGGCCUCCGUGCCUCCGUGCCUCAGGGCCUCCGUGCCUCAGUGCCUCAGGGCCUCCGUGCCUCAGUGCCUCCGUGCCUCAGGGCCUCCGUGCCUCAGUGCCUCAGGGCCUCCGUGCCUCAGUGCCUCAGGGCCUCCGUGCCUCCGUGCCUCAGUGCCUCAGGGCCUCCGUGCCUCAGUGCCUCAGGGCCUCCGUGCCUCAGGGCCUCCGUGCCUCAGUGCCUCAGGGCCUCCGUGCCUCAGUGCCUCAGGGCCUCCGUGCCUCAGUGCCUCAGGGCCUCCGUGCCUCAGGGCCUCCGUGCCUCAGUGCCUCAGGGCCUCCGUGCCUCAGUGCCUCAGGGCCUCCGUGCCUCAGUGCCUCAGGGCCUCCGUGCCUCAGUGCCUCCGUGCCUCAGUGCCUCAGGGCCUCCGUGCCUCAGGGCCUCAGGGCCUCCGUGCCUCAGGGCCUCCGUGCCUCAGUGCCUCAGUGCCUCAGUGCCUCAGGGCCUCAGUGCCUCAGUGCCUCAGUGCCUCAGUGCCUCAGUGCCUCAGUGCCUCCGUGCCUCCGUGCCUCAGGGCCUCCGUGCCUCAGGGCCUCAGUAG